AUGGACGACUUCAAGCCAAGCCCCCCCAACUCCACCCCCUUGACCCCACUCGGCUUUCUCGACCGCGCCGCCACCGUCUACCCCGACUCCCCCGCCGUCGUCUACAACUCCGCCUCUUACACCUGGUCGGAGACCCGCCGCCGCUGCCUCAGGAUGGCGUCCUCCAUAUCCUCACUCGGGAUCAGGCGGCGCGACGUCGUCUCCGUGCUCGCCCCCAAUAUCCCGGCCAUGUACGAGCUCCACUUCGCCGUCCCCAUGGCCGGCGCCAUCCUCAACACCAUCAAUCUCCGCCUCGACGCCCGCACCAUCUCCGUCAUCCUCCGCCACGCGGAGUCUAAGCUCGUCUUCGUCGAUUUCCAGUCCGAAUCGGUCGUCCUCGAAGCCCUCUCCCUCUUCCCCCAAAAAUCCCAGCGGCCCCUGCUCGUGAGGAUCGCCGGCGACGGCGAAUCGGGGGCCAAUAGCUCGCCUCCGGAAGCUGGAAACGCUAAUUUCUGCGCGGAUUACGAGGGAUUGAUUUCGGGCGGAGAACCGAAUUUCGAUUGGAUCCGACCCGAGAGCGAAUCUGACCCGAUUACCCUGAAUUACACCUCUGGGACCACCUCCGCCCCGAAAGGGGUGGUCCACUGCCACCGUGGAGCUUACCUGGUAUCCGUGGACUCCCUGGCCGAGUGGUCCGUCCCCAAGCAGCCCGUCUACUUGUGGACCCUCCCCAUGUUCCACGCCAACGGCUGGAGCUACACAUGGGGCAUGGCCGCCGUCGGUGCCACCAACGUCUGCCUCCGGAGGUUCGACGCCGCCGCCGUCCGUGCCGCCAUCGACCGCCACGGCGUCACCCACAUGUGCGGCGCCCCGGUAGUGCUCAACAUGCUCUCCUCCGCCGGCGGCCGCCCCCUCUCCAGCCCCGUACGCAUCCUCACCGCCGGGGCGCCGCCCCCGGCGGAGGUCCUCCGGCGUGCGGAGUCCCUGGGGUUCGACGUCAGCCACGGUUACGGGCUGACGGAGACGGGCGGGCUCGUGGUUUGCUGCACGUGGAAUCGGGAUUGGGACCAGCUGCCGGCCGGAGAGCGUGCCCGGCUGAAAGCCCGACAAGGGGUCAGGACCCCCGGGAUGGCCGGGGCGGACGUGGUUGACCCGGCAACUGGGGCGAGCGUGGCAAGGGACGGGCGGACGCUGGGGGAGGUGGUCCUCCGGGGCGGGUCGGUGAUGCUUGGUUACCUGAAGGACCCGGAGGGGACCGCGGCGUGCAUGCGGGGCGGGUGGUUCUGGACGGGGGACGUUGGGGUGGUCCACGGGGACGGGUACCUGGAGAUCAAGGACAGGUCGAAGGACGUAAUAAUAUCGGGAGGGGAGAACAUAAGCAGCGUGGAGGUGGAGGCGGUCCUGUACGGGCACCCGGCGGUGGCGGAGGCGGCGGUGGUGGCGAGGCCGGACAAGGUAUGGGGGGAGACGCCGUGCGCGUUUGUGAGCGUAAGGGAGGGAACAGGGAAGAGGCCGACGGAGAGGGAGGUGAUGGAGUAUUGCAGGGGGAGGCUGCCGGGGUUCAUGGUGCCGAGGACGGUGGUGUUUCGGGCGGAGCUGCCCAAGACGUCGACCGGGAAGAUACAAAAGUUUGUGCUGAGGGAGGAGGCAAGGGCCAUGGGACCCUCCGCCUACAAGAUUCGCAAUAGGCUGUAG